GGUGAUUGAUGCGGUUGAAAAAGGGGGAAAGAAAAAGAUAGAUAUUGCGAAGGAAUUUGGCAUUCCGAAUAGCACACUCUCAACCAUUCUCAAAAAUAAAGAGACUAUUCUGAAAAACUUUGAUGACAAUCAAGGGGAUCGGAAAAAAAUGAAGAUAGCGGAAUACCCAGAAGUAGAAAAGUGCUUGAUAAAAUGGAUUACCCAGUGCCGUACCCAGAACAUUCCACUCGAUGGAAACAUAUUGAGAGAAAAAGCGGAGAAUUUUGGGAAGCAACUCGGCUUUACAGAUUUCAAAGCAAGCAGUGGUUGGUUUGAAAAUUUCAAGAAAAGAAACAAUAUCACUUUUUACAAAGUUUGUGGAGAAAGUGGAAGUGUAAGUCAAGAAGUCUGCGAAGAAUGGAAGGGAUCACUGUCUUCAAUUCUGAAAGAGUAUGACGACAAAGAUGUAUUCAAUGCUGAUGAAACAGAAAAAAUGAAGCCAGUAAUGAUAGGAAAAUCAAAAAAGCCAAGAUGUUUUGCUGGAGUUAAAUCAUUUCCUGUGGAUUAUGAAGCUAACACAAAAUCAUGGAUGACAGCCGAAUUUUUUGAAAAAUGGCUGAAAAAUUUAGACCGUAAAAUGUCUAGUCAAAACCGCAAGAUUGUCCUAUUUGUUGACAACUCAUCUGCUGAGGAAAUCCACCUAGAAGAGGAAGAAAAAGAAAAGGAAAUCGAGGAAGUAGUUGAUGAGGAAUGGAGUUUAGUGUCAAAAGCUCUGCAGCUAGAUCCUGUAACAACAUUUCGAGACUUUGUCAACAUAGAUGAUGAUGUUCAAGUGUGUGGAAAUUUAUCGGACAAAGACAUAGUUGACGAAUUUCGACCACUCUCAGAAGAGGAAGAUGAUGAGAGUGAAGAACUUAUCCAUCCGAAAUAG